UCUCGAAACUCAGCGUGGCUCCACCAGCUACCAGCACCAUCAUCAUCAUCAAUUUUUGGGUACGACGGAUAAUCUCUUCUUAGAUUCUUCAAGUACUGACAUCUUGCUCUCCGGAAAUUCAGUACGGAUAAUCGAGGUGCAGAUUCGAAGAACUCCUGCACCGAACCAUGGACCGAUAGCAAAAUUCUCGCUGUACACAUUCUAUUGGCGCAUCAUCAUUAGGCGACAAUGCGAUUCUUUCUUCUUCCCAUUUCCACACGCCGUACACUCAUAUACUGUGAACGCGCAAAGCCGCCGCCCGGACAGAAGCCCUCGAUUCAGGAUAGGAUAGUCAGCAAGGCAAACGAGACAUGGCUAUCAUUCGAAAAGGCAGACGGUGGUUGGAAAAAGACUCUCACAACAUAUGGCAACAAAGUGUUCAGGCGCAUUCCCUAUGAAGAAUGGGGAUUGAAGACAAUACCUCCAUUGUCAAACAAAAGGAAGGAACUUGAGCUUAGUCAACAAGAGAAGGUUGAAGUGCUGUUCCCGAGUUUAUUUCUGAAGGAAAGCAAAGUGCUUGAGACAUGUCGACAGCUUGCCGUGGAGAGACAACAACUGCAUCGAAAAAGGAUGAUAUACAGCGCGAUUGGUGCUCCUUUGACUUUACCGUUCGCCCUCGUCCCAAUAAUACCAAAUAUUCCUGGAUUUUAUCUUUUGUUCCGAGCAUGGAGUCACUGGAAAGCAUUACGUGGAGCACAGCAUCUUGAAUUUCUUGUCAAGAAUAACCUCCUUAUACCUUCACCGUCAACGGCGAUGGACGAGGUAUAUACGGCUGGUCUGAUGUAUCCGACUCGUCAAAUGUCACGCGUCGCUCGGCGUCCCACGCGCGAACAGGGCGAAGCAGUCGCGGAGAUUAUUAAAACACAAACAAACGGUGGCGUGGAAGAUGUGAUGCUGCUCCAGAAAUGGAACGGAAAGCUGCUGGCUGAAGAGUUCAAGUUGCCGGCUAUGGAAGUCGAGAUUGAGCGUGCGGUCGAGCAGGUUGAGCAAAGUAUCAAAGCCAAGGAGGAACUGAUUGAGGAAAAAAAGCAAAUCGAGAAGGCAACGAGACCAGAGGGUGUGUCGGAACUAGAGGCAGAGGAGAAGGUCGAGGCAGAAAUGAAGAGCAGCAGGGAAACAAGUAAAUCAUGAGAUUUAGGCUUGACGAGAACAGAUGAGGCACGGUUCGAGAUUCCAGGCAUGUGGUAUAUCGGUAUAUCUGGCAUGCUAAUGGGUUGCGUAGAUAUACAGCACAAUCAUGAAAUCACUUCUCAACAUGGCACAAGUUUGACCUAUUGUCUUAACAAUAGCCGACUUCGAGAUAGAAAAAAAAUGGAGUCAAAAUUUUGUCGUAAUCAGAGCUUGUUUAUGCCUGAAAGCACAAGCAGCGUUCAGUGUAUUGUCUAGGUUUUGGGGGCAGAUAAAUCUUCGGCGCUAUCACACCGCGACUAUCUUAUCAAACGCCGAUUCAGAAAUAGCUUGAGUCUGUAGCUACGUCUAUUAUUGGUUGAAACUCGUUAGCACUAGAGC